AUGUCGCUCCAAGUGGCAAGCAGUGGCGAGCUCCUCGCCACGGGGCAACAGCAGGCUCAUCGGCUUUCAUCCCAUUCAAAAUGUACGGAUCAGAUUGAUAUUGCUGUCAAUACCAUGGAAAGAAAGUAUCGCCCGCUGCGGCCGAUACCUGAUAGCAGCGACUCCGGUCCAGGCUCAUCCUCUGGUCUUGCCGUCAACUCCAGUCUGGCAAACAAGCGCAAACGAGUCGGGGUUGCAGUUGCCUGUGAAGUAUGCCGCAAAAGGAAGAUACGUCGGUCGGUCGAAUGCAUCUACGAACCGAAAAUCCCUCGCAGGGAAAGUGGUAGCUCUGAGAGCAAUACAGGUCGUGCCAGCCGCAGCAAUACAGGAAGCAAUUCGACUGGUAGUAGUGGAGACGGUCUCAUCGAGGCCGUCCAAUUGCUCAAUAAGAUUCCGCCUCAGGAAACUAUCACUGUCUUGAGAUCACUAAAAGACAUUACGGACGCUUCCUCUAUUCUCGCACACUUGCGAGGGCGAGUCACGGAGCUAGAAAGGCACCCACAAGCCGUGACGACGGAGUUGGACAGCCUCUCGCGCACAGUUGACCUUGAGAAUCGAUACCCCUCGGCCUACCCGAUUUUAGACCCUCUCGACGUCUGCAUGCAGAGCAGUCUAUUCCAGCGGCUGGCCGAGUCAGGUUCAUAUAAGUUUCCAUCCGACUUUCUACCUGCGAAAUCACGGUCGUCUGCGACACCGAUACGUCAAUACGAUACACUACGCCGACUCAGAAUCAGAAAAUGGACGAAUGUCCCAGUUCCGAACGAUCUUGCAUGUCGGAUCAUAUCAUUUUACCUGGAGACUGAGCAUCCAGCCCUGUGUCCUUUUGACCCUGAGCUCUUCAUUGACGAUCUUAUCACGGAGGGUCCCCUUUGCACAAAUCUCCUUGUAAAUGCUCUCAUGUACUGGGCCUGUCAGAUGUACAUAACGAUCGAUAGUGAGGUACGCGAAUUUGUCGAUGCAUUUCGUACGGAGGCCGAAAGGCUGUGGCACAUUGACAAGAUGGCCCCGUCAGUUUUGACCAUGGCAUCAGCGCAGUUUCUGGGUUUCGGUUACUUGGUGCAAGGCAGGGAUCGUUUCUUCUUGGUAUAUUUUUCUGAAGCUACCCGGAUUGGAACACAACUCGGCCUUUUUGGCAAAACAUCAGAGGUCAAUCAGUCCCCAGCAAACAAUUUAGCACCUAGAGAGGCAAGAGCUACCGCAUAUUCGGCGUGGGGUACCUUCAAUUGGAUCAUGCUACUGGGCUUAUUUUAUCACCAACCUGGUAUGGAGUAUCCUGCCACGCCCCCAAGCCUUCCGAUUCCUCGUAAAUCAAGAGGAAGCGACAAUGCACACUUGUUGGAUGCAACAAUUCCGGAUUUGUCCGAAUACUGUGACGAGGCGUUUGUUUUAUUUUGCGAGUUAUGGAGAAAAAUGCACGAAGUGGCCAUUGUCUACUACAACGGAGAGGCAGGGGCCGUUUCCGGCCGUGUACCGGUUAAAUUUGCUGAGGAUACGUUUCAGGGCCUGAUGGAAAUGAUGAACCGUUUACCGUUGGCGUUGACACGGAACGAGGACAAUCCGCACCAUGUGGUGAUUUUUCAUUUAUGGCUCCAUGCAGCUAUACUCGAUAUAUUCCGGCCCUUUUUGGAAGCAGUUCCGGAUGCGCAUCGAUCAAAUCACCCUCGUCACUCAAGGACGAAUGCGGACGCGAUAUAUGCAGCCUCAGUGGAGCAGCUCAAGAGGCUUAUCAUCAUCUACCGCUCCCAAUAUGUUUCUUCUGGACACACCAUUAUUUGGCAUACAGCUAUGUUCCUGUGGACAUCGUAUCCUAUAGUCAAGCCGAUCGCCAGAGGGCUGUUGUCGAUGGCAAUGCGCAGGGGCGGUAUAUCGAGUGAUAAAGCACGACAAAUCUUGGUCGAUCUAGGCAACGAUUGUCCAUCGCCAUUGCCUCACGGCGAGGUCCGCGCUACUUUUAUGUUGGAUUUGGACUUGGCAAUGUCUGACCCAAACGCGGCCAAGGCAGAGGCGCAAGCCGAGGCAUUUGAGGAUACUGCCAUGGUUGUGGAUUACACGAAUGCGUUUUCCAGCCAGGAAGCCGUUGGAUGA